AUGGCUCAGUCCGGUGUCUCCGUCGCACCCGAGUGCAUCAGUGCCUUCAACGAGCUCAAGCUCGGCAAGGACACCAAGUGGAUCAUCUACAAGAUCAGCGACGACUGGAAGGAGAUCGUUGUUGAGGAGACAUCCAAGGAGGCUGACUGGUCUGUCUUCCGUGAGAAGCUCCUCAACGCCAAGAGCAAGGACCGCAAGGGCAAGGAGGGCAUUGGCGGCCGUUAUGCUGUUUUCGACGUUGAGUACGAGCUUGAGAAUGGUGAGGGCACACGCUCCAAGAUCACCUUCAUCUCGUGGACCCCCGAUGAUGCGCCGCAAUACCCGCGCAUGAUGUACAGCUCCUCCAAGGAGGCCAUCAAGCGCGCCCUCAACGGUCUCGCCGCCGACAUCCAGGCCAACGACGCCGACGACAUCGAGUUCGAUAACAUCAAGUCUCGCGUGUCCAAGGGCCGAUAA